AUGUCUGCUGAUUUUCAAUUAGUUGAAAGUUCUUCAUCAACUGUUAGAACUGAAACUUUACUCUCCAUCUCCACAAUAUUUAAAUCAAUGGGUAGAAACAUCAAUUCGUUCCAUCUCAUCGACCAAAACAUUGAUUUUGAUCAAGAUGAGUUUUUGUUUAGAGAAAUUGAUGAUGAAUUAGCUGUUCCAAUUCCAGAAGAAGAUCUUCAUGCAUCAACACUGCUUAAUUGCAAACAACAAAAUGCUUAUAAUUCUAUCUUACAAAAAGUUUUGUCAAAUGAAACUGCCAUAUUCUUUAUUGAUGGUCCUGGUGGAACAGGAAAAAUAUUUUUAUACAAAACACUCAUUGCUACAAUAAGAACAAAGCAAUUAAUUACUCUUGCAACUGCUUCAUCUAGUGUAGUUGCAUCAAUCUUAUCUGGAGGUCGAACUGCACAUUCACGAUUCAAAAUUCCACUAGAUACCGACAAAAAUCUCACAUGUAGUGUCAGCAAACAAAGUGGACUUGCAAGAUUACUACAAAAGUAA